CAUUUUUAUAUUUCAAUGCUUUGAAAAAAUCUGUUCGUUAGAACACAUUAAUUAAUUAACCAAGACUUUGUUUUAGCAUUUGUUUUAGCAAGAAAUAAUGGAUUCUAUCUACCAAUCUACUACUUCAAGGAGCCUUCAAUCGACUUCAACAAGUUCUGAAUUUGUCUCAGGAGCCUGCCACCUCUGCAGCAAAAUAUUUAAAAAUGUAAAAUUACGAAAUCGUCAUAUCAAAAGAAUACAUAAAAUAGAUGUGUCAAUUAAGAAAAUUGAUCAUAUUGUUUGUCCCUUAUGUGAGCAAGAAACUAGUUUACAAACCCAUGAGAACUUAAGAAAACAUAUUAAGGAGAAUCACCAGGUGAGUAUUGAACUAAUAACUUUGGAAUUUUCUAGCAAACAAGAAUAUGAGACAUGAAAAGAUAUGCAGAAAAUUGAGACAAGUUAUGCAACAUCUCGAACAGUUAAUGCAAAGGAACACAAGAUCUUAUACUAUGAGUGUAACAGAAGUGACACAUAUGGAUAUAAGCCCCACUCUAAAAUUAGGACAGAGAAAUCUGGUGGAUCAAUUAGAAUUAAAGGGGUGUGUCCCUCCAGACUAAUUUGUAAACUGACAAAUCAAGGACAAGUUUCGGUCAGUUAUUGGAAAACACAUGCUGGACAUAAAGAAGAAUUAAGAGCCAUACAUCUGUCAAAAGCAGAAGAAAAAACGAUUGAAGAAAAAUUAAUGGCUGGGGUGCCACCCAGUAGAAUUCUACAAGAUUCAAGAAAAUUGGAAAAACCACAACUAGAUAGACUUGCCCUAUUAACAAGUCAAGAACUCGCAAAUUUAUCCAAGAAGUAUAAUGUACACAAGAAAGGAGAUCAAAAUGAUAUGGUAGCAACAACCUUAAAGGUUCAGGAAUGGAAUGCUAACAACAAGAAUUAUGCUUUCUUAUUUAAGAAGGAAGGUAAACACCAAACUUUCUUUUUGAUACCUACCACAAUUAUAAUUAAUCCUAUUCCAAUUCGACUUGUGUGAAUUGUUAUCCUUGCAUGGCUCAUGUCACAAACAUUACCUGUUGAUUAGUAAAAUCAACAACAUUCACCCCUUGAUAUAAUACACAAUAAACAUUAUUAACACGUUGACAGAUUGCAUUAAAUGAAUAAGCUACAUCAAUGGAAAUUAGAUGUCUAUUGACGUUCUAUCUGUCAACGUGUUAAAUAAUAUAUUUGUUAUGAUUUUAAAAAUUGGCUUUUUACAUUAAAGCUUAUUUUGUUACAUAAUCUUAAACCAGCUUGUUUUAAGCUGGUUUAAUUGUUAUCU